GUCACGUUGGAAGGAAAAGGGGAGAGAGAUAUCUACUUACAGCUGCUGUCAGAUAUCCGAUCGCAUUCGCAUGGCGAGGAGGUAACCUGAUCGAGCUGGGAGGAGUGACUUUACCAGGGAAGGCUUGAACAAAAAAAUGUCUUCUUCUUCUGCCGGAGAAGUCACAACAGCAAAUGACAUCAAGAGGGAAAAUGUGAAGGAGGUGGAUACGCGGGAGUGUAUCAAGCUUGUGGCGCUGGACGCGGCGGAGUUGUCCAUGGAGCGCACGGCUCCCAACGCGGACUCGGUGCGCACGGAUCUGCUGGUGAGCGCCGCUUCCUCCCUGGCUUUCUCCCCGGAGCAAGUGGCGUGCGUCUGCGAGGCGCUGCAGCAGGGAGGCAAUGUGGACCGGCUGGCCAGGUUCCUGUGGUCCUUGCCACAGAGUGACCUGCUCCGAGGGAACGAAAGCAUCCUGAAAGCCCAAGCUCUCGUGGCUUUCCACCAGGCUCGGUAUCAGGAGCUGUAUAGUAUUCUGGAGAACCACAGUUUCAGUCCGUCCAACCACACCUUUCUGCAGGAUCUUUGGUACAAAGCCCGGUAUACCGAAGCAGAGAAGGCGCGGGGGAGACCCCUGGGCGCCGUGGACAAGUACCGUAUCCGGAGAAAGUACCCUCUCCCAAGGACUAUCUGGGACGGCGAGGAGACUGUGUAUUGUUUCAAGGAGAGGUCCCGAAACGCGCUGAAGGAUCUGUAUAAUCAGAAUCGGUACCCCUCUCCUGCCGAGAAGCGGAAUCUCGCCAAAAUUACAGGACUCUCCUUGACCCAGGUCAGCAACUGGUUCAAAAACAGGAGACAGAGAGACAGAAACCCGUCCGAGGCACAAUCAAAAAGUGAAUCUGAUGGAAACCACAGCACAGAGGAUGAGUCCAGCAAAGGCCAGGAAGAGCUGUCUCCUCGUCCCCUCUCUAACUCCUCAGAUGGUGUGAUCACCCAUGGGGCUCUUCCCCUUCAAACAGGGCAUUUGGACAGUGGGGUGGUCAUCCAGCAGAUCGGGGACAUAAAGCUGCCUCCUGGUUCUAGCAGCAGCAGCCUCUACAAUGGAAGUCUCGUGACCAGUAACACCUCCUCAUCCGUGUUUCACAAUGGAGGCUCGUCUUACCUCCACACUCCUGGAAACAUCCUCUUCAACGGGCUCAAUUUGGGUAUCCAACCCUUAGCUUUCAACCCUCUGCGGUCAUCUGGAGGGGUGCUGCUGGGGGGCUCAGGUGUGGACAUGCAGAUGCAGACAGGACAGGAGAAAGGACUGGGUGGUUCUGCAGAGGACUCGGCCCUGCCGUAUGCCUCCUACCAGGGCUGUGUGAAUGGCGCCGAGGUGAAGCUGGAGGGGGUUCACACCAUGGCGGCCCAGAAUGGAGGCUCCUCCGUGCUCACCUUCGGCUCCUCGUCAGGGCCGCUGCAGCUAGGGGGCUACAGCCUGGUCCAGGUACCGAGUGGAGGAAUCUCUGACGGCGACGGCAGCUCAUUACUCAACAGUGACGUAGGUCUUCCUCCUCUUCAGCUCUCCUCUGCCUCACCUGUCACGACAAUCACACAAGGUUCUUUGUCUCUGAACAAUGCAGCUGUGACUUCCUCCAAUGGCAACUCGUUCCAACAGCAGGACAAGCUCACCAUGUCGUCCCUCCACCACAGCACCGUCCUCUACAACAUGAGCAGCGAGAACCAGCCCUCCAUCAAGAAGGAGCCUCUGGAAGGGGUCGUCUACUCCUCGUAUCAUCAUGGCCUCCACCACCUGGACCACAGCGGUCAGCUCAGCUACACCACCCCUAACUCACAAGACGCCGCCUCCAGCCGGGGUCCUGCCUCCACCACCGAGGUCCACACCAUCAGCUCGUCCAGCCCUGAACCAGAAGUCUACACCACCCUUACCGUCAGCACGCCCCUCAUGGUUCAAACGGACCCCAGCGGCCACCACCUCCAGCCUUCAGAGUACCUCCGUGGCAUUCCGUCCUCGCACCUGAUCGGGCCCGGCGGGAGCGCCUUCAUGAACCUUUCUGAGAACAAGGUGGAGGUGGCCGGAGGUGUGAGUGAGAUGGUGCGAGUGAUGUGCGGGGAGAUGGAGGCGGUGGAGGGGAAGGAUCUCGCCAAACUACAGACAGUGCAGAUGGAGGAGGACAUGGCUGACCUUUAACCUCUCCUCUCGUUGAAGCCCCUCCCACCGCCCAAGCAGAAACAUGGUGAAUCUUUUUUGUGUGUGAACGAGUGCGUGUGUUUUUUUUUACCAUUUACUUCCCUUAAAUGUUAAAUUAUUUGUGUUUUGACUUUUACAAUGCACUCUAGCCAGAGAGAGGAGCCCCGUGGGUGGGCUUUAUCAGCUUAUCAUAAAAAUAAAAAAAAGUCUGUGACAUGUUUUGAAAAGUCCCGGCUCGUAAGAAGGGCGGCAGUUGCGUGCUCCGAGAAAAAGUUGUGUUGGAGUUUGAGCCGUGUUUAAAUGUGCAUUUUUAUAGACAACACCUGCUACUUCCUGUUGAGUGGAUUUGAUCCACAGAAGCAGGUGCUGGAAUGCCUCAAAGUCAUGUGACCGGGAUGUUCCUCCAAAACUAAAUGCGUCAUCUGGGUCAAACCAAAAAGGUCAUCUGGUAGGGGGAGAAGAGGGAGAGAGAAAGAGGCUGUGUGAAAAUGGUCAGUUAAAGAGCUAGGGCUUUACUCAAGGA